UUCCUGUCAAAAUAUUGUGGAGUUUAUCUCUUUUACUUUGGCCAGGAAAUUGCUUGUAUAUAUUUUUUUUGCUCUCUUGAUUUCUUGUUACCCAGCUUAAAUGCCUGCUUUUGAUUAAAACUGCAAAAAUCUAAUUGUGCCUGUGCUGCAGCAGUGUCUCCCGGGAGGCACGGCUCUGUGGCCUGACACUGCCCUUCUCUUGGCUGCAGUGGAUGAGGGCAUCCCAUUCCCCACCCUGAGGCAGUGCAAGCCUCCUGAGGCAGUGCUGCCAAGAAGGUUGCUGGCACAGGGGGAAGCAGGUGGACCAUUUGAGGGGAAGUCACCUGGGAAAAAGGACAGCUGGAGAUCACCAAGUGACAGAUAAAGUCAAAUUUCCAAAAUGUUCUGCUUUUGUUUCUUUCACCCAACAGACAGCAAUUUUCAGGGGUAAUUGCUCUUGCCUCUACCUCUUAGAGCCACUGCUGGUUUCAGGUGUGGCAAAGAGAGCCUGGUGUGAAGGCAGAGGGCUGGAAGGAAACGCCACACAUCAGCAGCGACAGCGGACUGAGAACAAAAUCAGAACAGCAUUACCUUAUGGUAAUUUGGGGUUCUGACCACUGGUGCUCAAAUAUUUAAGUUUGGAAUGGCCAGGUGAGAACUGUCUGUUCCAUUCUGUCUUCAGGAAGGCUAAAUGUGGCAGGAAAAAUAGUGUAAGAUUAGAAGAAAGCAGGAGUGAAUGCUACAAAGGCUUGGACACUGUGGGCAUCUUCAUUGACACUUGAUGCACAGCAAUACUGAAUCUGUGAGAAGCUGUGGAAACAGGAAAGAAUUCCCAGGAGGUGCUGAUAUUUCCAAAGGAAGCCAUGUGGAUUGAAGCACGUUGCACUCUGCAUGGGGGACUGGCUUGUGGCAGAAGAGGUCAUCUCUGGGCUGGUGUGACAGGACAUCUGAGCCCAGACAGGAUCUAUCCAUGAACCAGCACAACCUUCAGCUUCUCCCACGGUGCCUGUGAGGAGGCCACACAAGUCCUGUGCAGGAGGAUGUGCAGAACCCUCCAGCUGCAGUCCUGAGCUGAUGGUGCUCCCCCUCUUUGUGGAUUUGUCCCAUCCGAUGUCCUGGAUGAGAAGGCGAGAAAGUCUCCAGGACAAUUUUUAGCAUUCAGUCAACCACUCUGUAAAAUGAAAGCUGUGGGCAUGGGGGGAGUAUUGAGAAGAAUUGGGUGCUGCAGGACCCUUGUCCCACCACUUGUUUAUACAGGGGUUAAUGUGGAUUUCUAAGCAGGAAGACUGGAAGAAUGCUAGUAGAUCAGUCAGUGGAGCAGACUGUUGUGAACUCCAGUGCAAAGAUCCACAAGCUGCAGGUCUAUACCAAAAGGAAGACUGUGCACAGAAUCAUGUCAGCAAAUACAUGUGGAGGAGGAAGGUUUCAGUGAGCCAAACAUGGCAAACUCAUCACGGAUCCAGAAUGUCGUUCCGCGGCCUGGCUUCUCUGCCUUGCAUCGGCUGAGAAGAAAGCGGAAAGGCCAGCGCAUGAGGGACCCGCUCGAUGAUCUGCUGCUGAAGACUCUGACGUCUCAGCGGGCCAUGGAGGAGCGCUUCCUGCAGAUGGAAGAACGCCGCUAUCAGCGCGAUUUGGACGUGGAGGAGCGCCGGAUGCAACUGGAGCAGCGCCGCUUUGAACUGGAGCGUGAACAUGAGUUUCGCAUGUUCAAUGUCUUUGCUCAGAUGCUCACCAUCCUCAAGCAGAGCCACAGUGGCUCCUCCUCCUCUGUUGCCAUGCCUCAGGGUUUGGACUUCAGCCAGGCGCUGUCUGAAAUUGAGGGAAUGGGAGGAAGAGGGAGCAACCUGCAGGAGAUGAAGGUUCGGCCGCUUGCCAAGAGGAGGGUGGACAUGCACAGCUUCUGUAACCCCAGCGGCUUCCAGAGAAGCCCCUACCUCUCUGCUCGUGGCAACUUUGCCAACAUUUUUCAAGGCUCCACUGAGGAAGGGUACAAAGCCUAUCACGCUGACAAGUAUGAUGAAGACAAGAACCCCAAUGGUAUAAUAAAUUUUGGCACCAGUGAGAACAAGCUCUGCUUUGACCUGAUGUCCAAGCGGCUGACACAGGCUGAUAUGAAUCUGAUGGACCCUUCACUGCUUCAGUAUCCUGACUGGAAAGGACAUCUCUUUUUACGGGAAGAAGUGGCUCGAUUUUUGACCUAUUACUGCAAGGCCCCUGCACCUCUUAAAGCAGAGAAUGUGAUUGUUUUAAAUGGUUGUGGCUCUUUAUUUUCUGUAUUAGCUACAGUCCUUUGUGAUCCAGGGGAAGCUAUUCUGAUUGCUACUCCCUUUUACGGUGGUAUUACCCAGAGUGUGUUCCUCUAUGGUAAUGUCAAACUGGUGUACGUCUAUUUGGACAGUAAGAUUACUGGAACAAGCACUCGGCCUUUUCAGCUUACAGUGGAAAAACUGGAAAAAGCCUUGCAGGAUGCCCAGGCAGGGGGUGUCACUGUAAGGGCCUUAAUUCUUCUGAAUCCCCAAAAUCCCCUUGGGGACAUCUACUCUGUGGCAGAACUACGGGAUUACCUGGAAUUUGCUAAAAGACAUGAAUUGCAUGUGAUAGUAGAUGAGAUCUACAUGCUGUCAGUUUUUGAUGAAUCAGCCACGUUUCACAGUGUCCUAGGCAUGGACAGAUUGCCUGAUCCACAGCGGACUCACGUGAUGUGGGGCAUAACCAAGGAUUUUGCUGUUUCUGGGAUUCGUUUUGGUACUUUAUAUACAGAGAACCAAGAUGUUGUUAAUGCAGUGGCUUCUUUGUGUUAUUUCCAUGGGGUUUGUGGACCUGUCCAGCACAAGGUUGCACAGCUGCUUAGAGACAGAGACUGGAUCAACCAAGUGUACCUGAGGACCAACCAUGCCCGCCUAAAAGCUGCUCACACCUAUGUGACAGACGAGCUGAAGACACUUGGGGUUCCUUUUCUCAACCGCAACGCAGGCUUCUUUGUCUGGAUCGAUUUCCGGAAGUACCUUAAGACAGGCACAUUUGAGGAGGAGUUGCUGCUCUGGAAGCGCUUUCUGGAUAAUAAGGUCCUCCUGUCCUGUGGAAAAGCCUUUGAGUGCAGUGAACCUGGAUGGUUCCGUAUCAUCUUUGCUGACAAAACCCACCGCCUGCAGUUAGGUAUGCAACGGAUACGCAAGGUUUUGGAAGAGCGUGAGCAGGAGAUACUGGCUGAGGAGAAGGAGCAGCCUUGUCAAUCAGAUCAGGAUGGCAAAGCAGACAGCACAGAUGAAGUUAUUUUUGUAUCCCGCCACCAGGACCCUACCUGUGCCAGUAGCUCCAGCCUUGGUGACCUCAUUGGUCUCCUGCAGCAACAGAUGCGUUCAUCUGACUGGCUACAGAAAAAUACAGCCGAGCAGUUUGCCCAGGAAAAGCCAGAGAUCUAUGAUGUGUUCAGCAAACUGGUGGGGAAGCAGUAGGGGUCAGUGUGCCUUCAGGGGCGUUCCUGAGCAGUGACUGACCCUGGGCCCCUAACAACUCAGCAGUGAUUUCCAGUAAAUAAUAUAUUUUCUGUAUAGCAAGAAAAUUACUUUGUAGGCCCCCUCCUCUCCCCCCUGUUUGAGAUGUCUAAUUUGUACUAUAUAGGUGUGUUUCCUUGGAUUGGGGUGAGGGUAGGGAAUGAGGGGGUGUCUUGUUUGCGUGCUGCUCUCUGUUCUGAGGUAUCAGUGUAUUUUAUAUUUCAUUUCUAAUGAAUAUGCUUUUAACUCUCUUAUAAGGUCCUGUGGUGUAAUUUUUUAUUCUUCUUCACACUUUCCAAAAAGAGACUUUAGCCUUUAAGUUAUGUGAAGUUUCCCUUUUUUUAAAUGAUGACCAGAUAUAACUAUUUUGGUGCCAGUUGUCUCAAAGAGGUGUUUUUGGGAGAUAGAAUCCAGUGUCAGCCCUAACUUAGCCCUAGUGAAGGGUGAAUAAGCAUGUGCAUAGAUUCAUCUUUGUGACUGAGGCUCUUAGGACCAUGGUCAUCUAGAGUGAGUUCUAUAAAUCUUUUUGGUUUGAGUUGGUUUCCAGUCUGACCUCAGAUCAGACAGUAUCUACUGCCCUCAGUUGGUGAAAUGCCUGGUUUUAUUUCCAUUCUUCUUUUUUAUAUUCAUAUAAAUAAACUGCAUCCAUUGGCCUCUUGGCAGAAUGUCCAGAAAAGAGCUACAAAUGGAGAGGCAAUAGAAAGUUGUUGUUCUUUUUGCAUUUUUUCUAUUCCUGGAAGUCCAUCUCUUGUGGUUAGAAACAACAUAUGUUGGCAAAAGAGUGCAGAGAAUGCUUCUGCCACCGUGCCAGGUGUACCUGCAGGUGACAGCUGCUUCUGUCACCUACCACAGGCAUCCAAGGAUACACCUUCAACCAUUAUCAUGAUAAUUAAUGCAAUUUUUUUCAUGUGUUUCUCAAUUUGCAGGGUAAUUUUUUUAACUAAGUUGUAUUCUUCUGUCUCCUCCUUUUCUUUCCCAGUUUAAGAAACUGUUUUUUGUAUGCUGGUGGUAGAGUAUUUCAACUGGAAAGCUUCUUUCCCAGAUACAGAGCUCUUUAACAUCUGGUACUAUUACCAGAAAAAUUAGGUAUCCUAAAGGAAUUGGAGCUGGUUUUUCUGCAUACAUAUUAUUCAGGAGUUGAAGAAAUUGCCCAUGAAAACUAUAUAAAAGUGCACCUUUCCCCUCCUCAUAGAUUUUGGCAGAUGGGCAUGAGUGACAAAAGCACAUCUGCAUCUUAAACCAAAUUACCGAAGUAUAGGCAACAAAUAAUUGAUGCAACCACAGUUUGCUGUGUAGUGAUGGUGGAGAGCUGCUUGGACAGGGACAAAAAAAGUCUGAGCAGUGGCUGAAGAGACGCUGGUGCUGCUUGUGACUGCUGUGAGCAGUGACCUGUUCCUCCUUCCGUGAUGAGGCAAGGUUGGUGAGGUGAGUGGUAAGAUCACUAUAAGGGAUAGUUAUAAACAUAGUAUUUGUUAAUUAGUUUGGCAUUUGUUCAUGGACAAUAUUUUAAAGUCCACAAAGAAAGCUAUAGCAGAGGACAGGUCUCUUUAAUGGCAUGGGAGGUGAAAUGUACAGCCAAAUUACCAAUGGACUUCCUGAUUUUCCCCUUCUUGUUUAUGUACCCCAAAGAGGACCUGAGCAACAAAAUUUUAGGGAGCAAGUUCUUUGAAAUCAGGAACCAGGUAAGACAUUAAUUAAAGUGAUAUUUUAGGGGAUCCCUAUAACAAAUUCAACCCAUUAAUUACUCCUAAUUUUCCUUUGUUGGUCUAAUUAUUCUUACAGUUGGAGUGUAUAUAUAUACAAUAACAGUAUAGUAUAUACAACAAUUAAUAUAGUAUUUUUCACCCAUAUAAAUUUACUGCUCAGAAAGCAGGUUUAUUGUACUGUCUCUGUGGAUUCAGCUAGUAAAGCACACCUCUGGAGGAAAGAGGGUGUAAUGUGCUUUCAGAAUCCUCACAGCUAAUAUAGUAUGGCUCACAUUUACAUCUGAGGUUGUUGUAACUCAACAGAACACACACACUCACUUUGUUGCAUGGAGUAUUUUCUCUCAUUUUUUCAAGUUUAACACCUGCCUGAGGACCUUGCCACUGAGGAUUGUUAGCUUGGUCACAGAAAAUAAAAACUUAGCUGGAAAUGAGGCAAGAGAGAAACGUGAUCAUGAGUUUGCUGUUGGAAAAAACAAUGGGGUUUUUUGACUGUAUAAACUCCAUACAUUUUGUAAAUGGCCUUAACUGGUUUACAAGAAGUAGUAAAUGUGUAGAAAGUCCUAUACAUAUGUAUAUAGGAGCUAAAUCAAUUCCUAUUCCUCAGGGCUCUAAGAAUACCCCUGAGAGGAAAAACAGAGGUUCUGCCUGUACACAUUGUUUGUUCUUUGUGCUACCUUCAUGUUAGAUGUUUUCUCUGCUUGAUGUAUCUCAUAGUUCUCAUUAAUGGCCUUUUCUUUUUCUGUGUGGCAAAUCUCUACAGACAAAAAUGUAGAGAAAAGAUUAAUGACUCUCCCAUGAUGUCCCUGCCCUCACAUUUCUUUUGACUUGUUUGUCAAACAAUAGGCAAACAGAACAGCACCUCAAAUGAAGCCAGUCAGAUCUAUGUUUUUAAAACUGCUGCAUUUCAUCUAAAAUAAGAAAUGCCAUUAAAAUAAGUAUAACACUGUGCCUUCGUUGCUUGUACUCAUUGUAAUCAUACAAGAUGAUAAAAUCUACUUUCUCUACAAUUUUUGUGUUCCAGUUAUCAUUCAUUUGAGCACAGAAAGGAUCCUAGAUGGUUUCAUGGUCCUUACCAUGUUCCAGUCACUCUCUCCUCCUCCUUCUCUGACCCCCUCCUCCACCCACUCCAUCAUUCUGUCUCUCUUCUCUGGAGAAAUAUUCAGCACUUUUAGGGUAGAGGUGUGACUUUCCAGUGCAGCACUGCUCUCAGUCAUAGAAACUUGCAUAGCAUACAUUUCAGGCAGGCACUGGACAUGUUCAUGUUUGUGGGAAGGAAAAAUCUGUAGAUCUCCAAAUUAUUAACUUUUGUUACAUUGCAGUUAAGCAGACAACACAAGUGAGGCUCAUUCAAGAUAAGUAUGAAGAAUCAUGCUUACUUAAAGUAAGAAUCUGUGAAGAUGAGUUUUCCCUUACAGAAGUUUAGUAGGUCCUCAGCAAAAUAUCUGUAAAGGAAAAUAUUCACUGAUAACUUAAGAAUUUUCCACCUUAAAUGAAGAAGGGCAGUUGCUCUAAUGUACUGUGUGAUAGACUUUAUUUA